AUGACGAUGCUGUGUUGGUUAUUUCCGGGAGGCCAGGACGGUCCUCUCUUCAACUACAGGAAUACCGGAAGUUGGGGAGUCCAUCUCUGGGUUGUCGCCGGCAAACUUUUUGUACGCUUUACUAAAAGAGAUUAUUCAUUUACAAACGCCUUGCUACACACUGAACUGAAACCAGAGGAUGGAUGGAAGUUCGUUGGUGCUUCGUAUGACAGCUCAUCUGGCGACGCAAGAUUGUGGGUUGACGGGAACGAGGUCCAGAAAUUGAAUAUUGGUACAAAUCUUCUCCUAGCCACUCAGGAUAGUGUCAGAAUGGGAGUAAAAAUAGGAGACGGAAGGUUCUUCAAGGGAAGGAUUGCUCAGAUGCAGGUCUAUAAUGUAGCCUUAUCACAGGAGCAAAUACAGGCCAUACGAUCCAAAACUCAGGUUGCAGGUAAACAAGUGAUCUAGAUCACGAUUGAGGCAUUCAGCAAAAUUAGAUCAAAUUUUUCUAGCUCAACGUUUACAACCGCGAUACUGUGUUGUGUUCUUGCAUGGGCGGAGUACUUUACUUCCAUGGUGCUUCUCCUAACCCAGGAGUGUGAAUGGGUGCUGGCGAACUUUCAAGGAAGCCUGACGAAAUCAUGACUGUGGAGGAAGGGAGUAACUUGUAAUGGACUGGUGUCCCUUCCAGGGAAGGGGGGCUGGCAGUACCCCUGUUCCCUUGAUGCUACGGAGGCUAGGGAUAGGCCCCCGUCGGCUUGUGAGUCACUUUACUCAGACGCAACCUUGCCUUUAUCAUUUGCAACCAAUUUAUCCUUUUUUUUUUUUCUUUCAUGACCUUCUCCCCUUUCCAACAUGGAACCAUUACUUUGGGGCAAAAUAAAAUGCAAACCCAAUAGUCCGUGAAUCUUAAUAAAUCGGAAAUCAACCAUCGAUCAAAUAUACAUUAUUCAUUUUGAAUUAUUAUCAUUACAUUUAUCAUUAAUAAAGUAAUGACCGCCGCGUACCCGAUUACUUGUUGAUUAUAAGUAUUGAACUUUAAACUUUGGCCAUUAGUAGAUUGAAGCUAAUGCAAUUCCUCUGACAUCUCUCUCAGAAUGUCAAAAACCACUGGGAAUGGAAAGAGGUUUCAUCACUAACGCCCAAAUAACAGCUUCUUCUCAAUGGGACGCGAACCAUGCUGCAGUUCAGGCGCGUUUGCACUUCAAGGCCGGCGGAGGAAAGCAGGGGGCUUGGUCAGCCCGUCCUAACAAUCAAAAUCAAUGGCUCAAAGUGGAUCUAGGCUCCGAAAGCGACAUUAAAAUUAUAGGGACCCAAGGAAGGAACGCGUAUAAUCAGUGGGUGACUAGUUACAAGUUAGACUACAGCAAUGAUGACAGCUCCUUUCAGUAUUACAGAGAUCCAGGAAGCAACAUAGACAAGGCAUGCGGCAGUGAAAUAUUAUGUGUCUCUAAACGCUUCGAUAAGCUAUGUAGGAGCUAUUAAUUUCUAGUUCGUACAGAUGGCAGCCUGUAGGCUCUAUGAAACGAAAACCGAUUCAGGCUUUCAAAUGCGUGAUUAUCUUGAAUUUCGAAAGCCAUUAAGUUCAAACGAAAAACAGCACUACGAGUUGAUAUAAACAUUUGCAGCGCAUUAUCAUAGCGUCUUAUUUUUUGUGUGUAGGGCCAUAAACCAGCGCUGAUUCAUGCUCCACUCCUAAAGUAAUAACUUUUUAAGUCUAAGCCCAAGCUUAUUAAGGAAGAAUGUGAUGUUGAGGAUUGUCCAUACAGGCCCUGGCGAUUUGAGAAUUAGAUCCCGUCCAAACCAAUGUAUUUUCGUCUUUCGUUCACUUGGAACGCCGAUAUAGUAAACAAUAAUUAACUUUCAGCAUAUUUGAAGAAAAUCUUUGCAAGUUAGGUAAAUCUUUCGAAGCUCAAAACGCAGUCCCUUUAAUUUCAGGAUAUAAUAUUUUUAUACUUUUGAAUGGUAGACGUAAAUUUUGUGGUUUCAUAAGCAUCCUCUCUUUUAAGGUUUUUACAGCAAACAAAGACAGAGACACAGUUGUAUAUCACAAGCUAACCCUUCCCAUGAAGGUGCGUUACAUCCGGGUCAUUCCAUGGACUUGGCAUAGCCACAUUUCAAUGAGGAUGGAGCUGUACGGAUGUUUAGGUAACUUAGGAUAAAAUAGAGACUUAUUUAGGUACCAAUAAGGACAAAGGAAAAUAAUGAGCCACUGAGAAAUGUGAGUUAAAACAGCCAAAUUCACCCACGCGCGGGAAAAUGUGAGGAACCCCCGCACUAAAAAUCCUCAGAGUAAUAGCAAAAAUAUAAAUUUCUUUCGAAAAUUAACUCCUAAUUAAUCACCAACGGGUAAUACACCUCUCAUUUUGCCAGCCAAAUUUGCUCCAACUGGAGGGCAAAUAGUGAAACCAUACACUUUCGGAACUCAGCUGAAAGACGUCGGCGAAGGCAAGCAACCAGCAGUCAGAAACCAGAUUCUUACAUGUGUUCUAGUGCUCUGCCUAAAGACCGUGGGAUACAUCACAAGUCUGAGUUGGCUAUUGUUAUUAUUUUAUCAACCCUUUAACCAGCAAUCCUACAUAUUUGUACGAAGACUGAGCACUGUGGGUCAGGGCUGUCUUGUUGUCAUGAAAAUGUUUCCCAAGGGCCAAAAUAUGAAAGUUUACCCAGAGGCCCUUUCUGUCACUUUUGUGAAGACCGGGAAAAGUGUCAAGUGGUGAAUAUUAUCGUCAACGUGAUGAGUGUUGGGAAACACGUUUACUACUUCAUGUUAAUUCGUGGCAAUUUUUUCUGUUAGAUAACCAAAUGCAAAUUAGAUUAUCGCCAGACAGAUACAUGGAAAGGCUCAUCUUAACAGAUGUCAAAAACUACUGGGACCAAACGAUCGCCUUAUGUGCGACAUGGAUAAAACGCAAAAACCAAACAGUGCGUUGUAACUACCGAAGGAUAGAAACUGACCAAUUACGAAUGACUUAAGAUACUUGCGCUUUCCAGCCAAUAAGAUCGUAACAAAACCGACCAAUCAGUAUUCACGAAUCAGACUUCUAACACUCGACUGACUCCGAUCCGAUGAUGAUUCGUGCUAAGGUCGUCGAAACGGUAGUCACUUCUACUUUUAACAGUCCUGUUAAGGCCCACCCUCAUCAGGUCGAACAGAGCAUACGAUUGACAUGCAUUUCAUGGACUCGUUGAACUAUUAUUUGCUUGUCUCCUCUUCUCCUCCCCCAGGGUGCCACUCACCUCUCGGAAUGGAAAGUCGCGCCAUAUCCGAUGUUCAGAUAUCUGCUUCAUCUCAGUGGGAUGCCAACCACGCAGCCAUUCAAGGACGACUGAAUUUUCAAGCAGGAGGAGGAAAGCAAGGAGGGUGGUCUGCUAAAGCAAACAAUCAGAACCAAUGGCUUCAAGCAGAUCUUAGGAAGGUCAGAAAAGUGACACAUCUUGCAACACAAGGAAGAAAUGGGAACUCCCAGUGGGUGAAAAGUUACAAGGUAGAAUUCAGCAACGAUGGCUCAACCUUUCAGUUUUACAAAGAGCAAGGCGCCGACAAAGUAUGUUGGAUUUUGAUCUGUAAAUUUUUUAUGCGUUACAUCGGUGAGUUAUGGUUUUACAAUGUUCCGCAAAAGUUAAGGCGAGCAGAACGAAACUAUACCGGGUUAGAAACGAAUUGUGACAUCGAUAAAAGGCCUUGUAAUUGAGUGCCAAACCUCCUACAACUGAACGAUCAAGUGGAAAAACAGAUCUUUACGACAAAUAAUCGUUUCCGCUGAUACUGUAAUGAAUUUUAAACCCGUUAUGCCAUUUAGAUUUGUUUGAACGCUGACCCUAAAAUUUGGCUCAAUGCCUUGGAACAGACUAUUUUGUAACAAAUGUUAACAACUACUAAAACCCAAUAAAUGACUUAUGUUUAAGACAAUGAAAUCACCAACGAAAUGGGUGUGAGGCCUAAUACGAAGGUCUCAUUGCGUUGAUGUCUCUUACGGCUAACGGUGAAAAAUUUUGGUUAUUUUACGUCUAACGUUUAACUUCUUUCCGUUGUGAUCAAGAGAAAACGUUUUGGCGGUUAGCUUUUUUUUCACGACUAACGGUUGAAGUUCGUCAAUUUUAACGCCUAAUGGCUAAUUUUUUCUCCGUUGUACGGCUAAAGGUUAACCACGAUGAGAUCCUCUAAUACGCCCUCAACUGCAGACCGGUACCGUAUCUAAUAACCGUACACAACGCAAACAUGCUACUUGAGUAUUUCAGCCAAUAACAUUACGAUAAACUUGUAACUUGGCAAUUAGCUCAACCAAAUCUUUCUUAAAAUUCAACCUGAUAUUCAAAUAAAUUCAUGAAAAACUAAAACCAAAAUAAUAUCAACGGCCAAUCAGAAGAAAGGAAGAUAAAAUUUCAAGAGCCAAUGAGAACUCAAGGUAAAACCGACCUGAGUGCCUCAAGCGCGGGAAAACAUGCGUAACCAAGACGUGAUUGGUUUCCCUUUUAUAUCUGAUUGGUUGAGGAAGUGGCAUGAGUUUUGUGGCCAAUCACAGAGCAAAGUAAAGCAAACGUCAAAUAAUCCCCGACCACUUCCAGCAGUCAAUUUAAAAUUUCUUUAAUAAAUGGACAAAUUAGUAAAUAAAUUUUGCAAGCAAGAACAACAACAUGAAUAACUACGUCGAUUUUGAAAGAUGGACGUGCGAGGGUUAAUUAUCAAUCAGUAAUGUACAUUAGCUUUCCCUAAAAAAUUGUUCAAGUAUAACAGGUUACUUGGAUGUUGUCUUUCAGAUUUUUUCCGCCAACAACGACCGAGAUACCAUCGUGUACAACUUUCUGAGCUCGCCUAUAACGGCUCGCUUUGUCAGAAUUCAUCCUUGGACCUAUCAGAGCCAUAUCUCGAUGAGGAUGGAGAUCUACGGAUGUUGAGGUAAUUCAAAUUCAAAAUUGAUUUUAACAACAUCUUAUCUAAGAAAAGUUGAAAGGAAACAAUUUGCCGUAGGUACGUUAACAUGUGAUUUCACGGAUCUUGAAGGUACCGCUUAACUUAGGGUGUUGAGUUGAGUUAUUAAUGAUAUUCUAUUGUUUAAUUGGAGUCAAUCAAUGAUCAUGAAUCUUUUUGUCUGUUUUGAAUUUUCAUGUAGAGCAAUAGCAUGGGGCCAGUGUGCAAUCAGUGGUUCCAAAAAGGAGAUGAACAGUCUGUUAGGAUAAGCAAGUCUCGUUUGUCAGGUAGAAGGAAAACGAAAA